ACUUCCUGAAUCAAUUGACAGGCUCCAAAAUCUCCGAACUUUGGACAUCUACCUUACUGAAAUAGGAAAACUGCCCAGCGGCGUAACCAGGCUAAGGUUGCUACGCCAUCUGAUUGCAGGCAAAGCUGAAGCUACUUAUUUUGGCCUUGCCGAUGUCUACUCAGGUGUGCAAAUGCCUAAUGGAACAUGGCAAUCGCUGGACAUAAAUGUAUUCACAGGCAUUUCUGCAAGCAACAAGUUGGUGGAACAAUUGGCUAAGUUAACACAGCUGAGAUCGCUGAAGCUGUCAGACGUUAAAAGUACUCACUAUGCCAAGCUAUUUGUAUCCAUCAGCAAGAUGCGUCUUCUACAGAGCCUGCUAAUUGAGACUGCCAAUAGGGAUGAGUGUGUGAGCUUGGAAGCCCUGAACCCUGCACCUCAUCACCUUGAACUACUCUUUAUGAAAGGCAAACUCCAUGAGAGCGUCAUAGGCUGCCACCUGUUUGAGGUAAAUAGGCUAAGCCUCCGAGAGCUGAAUCUUCAGAAUAGCAGGCUCAGCAUUGAUCCGCUUCCAUCACUCUCCAAUUUUUGUAACCUGACCCUUCUUGGUCUGUUCAACACUUACAGUGGAGAAAGCUUGCUCUUUCAGGCAGGGUGGUUUCCUAAGCUCCAAACACUCACUUUGGCUGAGCUGCAAAAUGUCAAUUCAAUAGUGAUACAGGAGUAUAGCAUGGCAAAUCUCUACAACCUAGCUCUCAUCUGCUUGAAAAAUCUGGAGUAUUUGCCCCAAGGCAUGGAAUUCCUAAAAUCUGUUGAAGAGUUCAAUCUAGUGGGCAUGCACCACAAGUUCAUGGAAGAUGUACAAGCUGGUUCCUCAUAUGAGAAAGUCAAACACAUACCGGUAGUUGACUACUUUGACCAAAGCAAAGGGAGGUGGGAUCGACUUUCACGAGUUUAUGGCAAAGACCAAGACAACAAGCAUCAGCAGUAAGCAAAUAAAAGAUGGAAAUAUACCCGGUCUCCAAGUUAUAUAUAUAUACUAGAAAAUCAACGUGCCUUUUGGCACGCUCAUGUUAUAGCUCUGCAGAUGAUUUCUGUGGGCUAUUAAGAAAUAGAAAUUUUGCAAAUACUACAGAAUAUGUUCAAUUUCCUUAAAAUUUGAAAAUCCUUAAUUAUAUUUUGUUGGUAUUAUUUAGCGUUUAUUUGUUGUGUAUAAUUAUAAUUGAAUUGUCCAUUAAAUGAUAAAAAUGUGGUGAUAUUUUUAUA